AGAAAUUUGAUCGUUUUUCAAGCCAGAAUCUUUGGAAGACUUCGUGCGAGCUUCGCGUGUGUAUCUGGUUCCGUGAACAUGUCGUUGAAUAAGUUGAGCAUUGACCAUGUGGAUGUCAAGGACCAGCGCGUCAUCAUCAGAGUGGAUUUCAACGUGCCGAUGAAAGAUGGAGUCAUUACCAAUAACCAAAGAAUUGUAGCGGCACUGGAUACGAUUAAGCAUGUUUUGGAUCACGGGGCAAAGUCGGUAGUCUUGAUGUCGCACUUGGGAAGGCCUGAUGGAUCUCGUGUGGAUAAAUAUUCCCUAAAGCCAAUUGCUGCUGAGGUUCAGAAGCUUCUUGGACGUGAUGUGAAAUUCCUGGAAGAUUGCGUUGGACCCGAGGUUGAAUCGGCCUGUGCCAAUCCAGCUCAAGGUUCCGUGAUUCUUUUGGAAAACUUGCGUUAUCACGUUGAGGAAGAAGGAAAGGGUGUAGAUGCUUCGGGAAGCAAGAUUAAAGCCUCUCCUGAUGCGGUUGCAGCCUUCAGGCAGUCCCUGCGCAAAUUGGGCGACGUUUAUGUGAAUGAUGCAUUCGGAACAGCUCAUCGAGGCCAUUCGUCUAUGGUGGGAGAAGGGUUCGAAAAGCGAGCUUCUGGGUUCUUGUUGAAAAAGGAGUUGACCUACUUUGCAAAAGCUUUGGAAAAUCCGGAACGUCCAUUUUUGGCGAUUCUGGGUGGAGCUAAGGUGAAGGACAAGAUCCAGCUGAUUGAGAACAUGUUGGACAAGGUGGAUGAAAUGAUCAUCGGUGGCGGAAUGGCGUUUACGUUUUUGAAGGAGUUGAAUGGCAUGAAGAUUGGAUCAUCUCUGUUUGAUGAGGAAGGGGCCAAAAUUGUGGGGAAGCUGAUGGAAAAGGCUAAGGCCAAGGGAGUCCAGAUUCACUUGCCCAAGGAUUUCCGUACUGCGGAUAAAUUCGCUGAAGACGCGCAAGUGGACGCUGCCACUGUCGAGUCCGGCAUUCCAGAUGGUUGGAUGGGUCUGGACGUUGGACCUGCCACCGAAGCCGCCUUUUUGGAACCCUUGCAUCGUGCCAAGACGAUCGUUUGGAAUGGGCCUGUUGGAGUAUUCGAAUUCAAGAACUUCAGUUCUGGAACUAAGUCGAUCAUGGACGCAGUUGUGGAAGGCACUUCAAAGGGGGCAACCGUAAUUAUCGGUGGUGGUGAUACGGCAACUUGUUGCGCCAAAUGGGGCACCGAAGACAAGGUUUCUCACGUUUCCACUGGUGGUGGAGCUUCGUUGGAACUCCUCGAAGGCAAAGUUCUUCCUGGAGUUGCCGCGUUGUCCGAAGCUUGAAAACCCAGGUUGGAAUAAACCACGAUUGAACCCAUGCAGAACUUCAUCCAUCUGGCAUCGUUUAUUUCCAUGAAGUCCUAGAAGCCAGGAAUGCCCGGAGGGGUUUAGUGCAAUUUCUAUGACUGAAUCGCGGGGCACAAUAUUCUCACCAUUUUCGCCCUGUUUGUUUCAAGCAUGCCUACGAUUUUCCUGUAUGCAAAUUUGAUAUGAAGUUUUUCGGUUCCGUUGUGUGCGAUUCCCCGGUGUUUGUUUCAAUUUCAAGAAUCCGGGAGGUUGACAUCUCUUCCGGUUGGGGCUUUUCUGCCACGAAUGAUCAAAAGUCGUCCCGAAAAGGUUCCUAAAAGCUUUUAACGUAUUGUGGAAGAUUAAUGUUUGGAUUUUAGUGCAAUAUUGUACCGAUUUUAGUCAGGCGUUAUGUGAGAAAUAGAGGCUAUGGUGUCUGGAUGCUUCUGCGUCCGUGCGUUGAUCAUGUACUGUACU